AUGAAACAUGUCUGCCGGAUGUACCUUCUCAGGUUCUUGAACUUGUGUGGUACAGAUAUCACUGUGAUACCUCCACGUAUCAGCGACCUAGAGCAUUUACAGGCACUUCAUGCUUCUGGCACAUUGCUUUCUGAGCUACCAGGAACUGUGACCAAGCUAGCAAAACUCGAGCACCUGACAUUUAGCAAUAAGGAGGAAUGGUAUACUAUGUGGAGGCCAGGAAAAGGGCUCUCCAAGAUGAAGGCACUGCGUGUGGUGACAAACAUGCUUAUGGAUGAGAACCAUGAGGUUGCUCGUGAGAUUGCUGAACUAGAACAGUUGGAAGAUCUGUGUUUGUAUGUCAAUUGCUCCGACUCCAAUGUUCUCACUCAGCUCGCCAAAUCCCUAAGCAAGGUGCGCUCCCUUCGGUCCCUCAACAUUGGCGACAUUGGUUGGGACGACAACUCCUUGGACUUUAUAAUUGAAAUGAGCCCAUCGCUGUCACUACAUUACCUCAGGAUUGCUGGCGGCAUUUCUGAGUUGCCCGGCUGGGUCAGGUCACUCAGUUCUCUUGCUCAAAUCACCAUUACAUGGGCACGCCUUGUCGAUGACCAACUGUACGACGUCCUAUGCAAGUUGCCCAACUUGAAGAGCAUCAACAUGGGGAAAAUGAGCUACAGUGGCACGGAGCUGGUUGCACGCUCCAGGCACACAUUCCCGGCACUCACAGAUCUCUCACUUAGUGAUGCUGAAGGGCCCAAGAUUAUCCAGUUUGAGGAAGGCUCCAUGGCAAAUCUCGAGACGUUUGCAACGGAUUUUGCAAGCAUGGAGAGGACCAUCAUUGGCAUCCAGCACCUAACGAGCCUUAAAGAGGUCUACAUCGGUGGUGAGAACGACAACGGUUCCCUGGAUCAAGCUUUGAAGCAGCUCAAGUCGGUGAGUCAGAGUCUCCCUAAGCCCAAGCAGUUUCAAACUACAGUCAGAUACAGCUAA